CCCCCCUCCCCCUAGUCUCUCCCUCUCCUCUCUGCGGCGCGUGCACGUUCACCAUGGGCAGCGAGCACUCUCGUCCGCACCCCACCCAGGCUGGCCACUACCAGCAGGGUGGCCAGUACGACCCCAGCCAGCACAAGGGCACCGGCGCCGACGGCAUGCCCGUCAGCCCGAACGUUCCGCCGUCCAACAUGGCCGCCGCCCAGUUCGCCCAGCGCGCUGUGGCCACCAACGCCGCAUACAGCAACCUCGUGCACCCGAGCAACCAGGGGCUUGCUCAGCCGGGGGGGUCCCACGCGGCCAACACCGCCCAGGCCGGCGGCCGCUAUGCCACCCAGCCGGCGGCUCCUGCCCCGCAGCAGCAGCCCCAGCACUUCCACCACCCGCAGCAGCAGCAGCAGCAGCAGCGGUACCCGGCUGACGCGCGGCGCCCGCCCCCCGGGCCUGCCGCCGGGGCCCGGGCCCCCGAGCAGCCAUCUACCGGCGUGCCGACUGCCGCCCCGCCGGCUGUCCCCGGUGCCCCGCCUCCCAUCGAGAUGAUCGGCCACUAUGUGGUGCGGGCCUCGCUCGGUAAGGGGUCCUUCGCCGAGGUGAAGCUCGGCGAGCAUGAGCUCACCGGCGAGAAGGUUGCCCUCAAGGUCAUCACCAAGGCCAACCUCAACAAGGGCCGCCGCAAUGUCCACCUCCAGCGUGAGAUCCGCUUCCUCAAGCUCCUGUGCCACCCCCACAUCACCAUGCUCUACGAGGUGGUCGAGACCAACGACUACUACGUCCUCAUCAUGGAGCACGUCACCGGUGGCGAGCUGCUUCAGUACAUCCGCAAUGCCGAGCGCCAUCGUCUGUCCGAAAUCGAGUCGCGCCGGCUCUUCCGCCAGAUUGUCUCCGCCGUGAGCUAUUGCCACCGGAACUCCCUCAUCCAUCGCGACAUCAAGCCCGAGAAUGUCAUGCUGGACAAGAAUGGCGAUGUGAAGAUGAUUGAUUUCGGCUUCAGCCGCGAGUUCAAGCCCGACAUGCAGCUGGACUCCUUCAUCGGGUCCCCGCACUACGCGGCGCCCGAGCUGCUGCAGGGCAUCAAGUACAGUGGCCCCGAGGUGGACCUCUGGUCUCUCGGUAUCCUGCUCUACGUGAUGAUUUGCGGCCGCCAGCCCUUCAAGCACCCCGACAUGAAGGUCCUCUACGCCAAGAUCACCUCCGGCCGCUUCGAGUACCCGGAGCAUGUGAGCCCGCUCGCUAAGGAUCUCAUCGGCAACCUCAUCCGUGUCAACCCCAAGGAGCGCCUCACCAUGGAGACCCUCCGCACGCACCCGUGGCUGAGCGAGGGCUACGACGGCCCGCCGCCCACGUACAUGCUCGAGCGCGGCCCCAUCACCAAGGUUGAUGAGGAGAUCUUCGCCGAGCUGCUCACCUACGGCGUGGACCCGGUCCAGGGCCGCGAGCUGCUCCAGCAAAAUGACCAGACUGUCCCCAAUGUGGUGACCAAUUUCUACCACCUCCUUCUGGAGCGCCGUGACCGGAUGAUGAGCCACCUCAUCGAUGAUGGCCUGAGCUCCAGCGGCUCCUCCGGCGCAUCGGUCUACAACAGCAGCACCGACGACAUCAUGCAGGCGGACUCGCCGAUGGAUGUGGAGCCGGCCGAGCCGGUCGUGGCGGCCGUUCAGGCCGGCCACCACCCGGCCGCCGCCGCCGCCGCCGCCGGCCCCCAGCAGCACAUGUUCCGCCAGUUCGACACCGACGAGAUGGUUCCCCUGUCGGUGGUCGACAAGAACAUUCGUCGCAUGGUCCGGCAGAACUCCCAGCUCAUGGAGCAGAACUACUUCCAGAAGCGCUUCGGCUCCGAGUCGGCCUCCACCGCGGCCCUUACCGGCCAGCCGCCGUCGCACCUGUCCGCGCCGCCGACCAAUGCCCCGGGAUACUCUCGCUAAGCGGGAGAAAAGAAAGCCCGAGAAAGGGAAGCGUGU